AUGAAGGUGCUUUUGAUUGACAUCAAUGCUCGAGUGAUAAACCAUUGGGCCAAGGGUUUAGGGAAUCUACUUAAAUCUGGCGAGGUUUCCAUACAUAAUGGGUCGUUAGAGUCGUUCGAACCGAAUGGGCUGUUAAAAUCAAUAGUGUCACCGGGAAAUUCUUUUGGGUUUCUUGGUGGUGGAUUUGACCUAGCGAUACAGGAAUACUUCGGUGGCUCGUUGUUUGAGCGUUAUGUUAGAUAUAAGUUGAUGCAUUCGUAUGUUCCUGUGACGAAUUGCACUGUGAUUCCCUUGAAUCAGUUUAGUAGAGACCAAUUCCAGUACCUUUUACAUAUACCAACUGUUGUGACACCGGUGGUUCCAGAUUACGACCGUCGAGAUCCAGUCCAUUCCGGGUAUAGAAUCGUAUUUGACGUUACGUGGAAUGCGUUACACUUCCCUCCAAGUGAAACAGAACAACUGGUUUUACCGGGACUAUGUACAGGUUACGCAGGCGUACCGAUCCCUAUCGCAUGUAAAGCCAUGUGCUUCGCCAUUAGAUUGUUCUACCUGAAGAGCAUACUGUCGCAAGACCUUAUCAACACCAUGAUCAUGUGCUUCAUGGGAUACCAGUACGAGCCAUUUAUUAGUGAGGAUUGUCUCAUGGAAUGCCAGAAAGUAGGUAUCGACUGGGAUACAAUGCACCGUUUCAAUCCUCAUGAAGAUCCUUUGGAUUCGAUCUUACCAUCUGGUUACUGA